GGAACAGUGUGCUGUGCAUUAUGGGAAAACAAUUCUUGAUAUCCCAUGAUACACCGCUGACUAGGCCUCUUCGCCGCCAUCACCAAAAUGCCUAAAACUAAGAGGGUUAAGGUAAAGAAGGUGGCUGCACCCCCUUACGCUGCCGCCAAAGCAGUCCCUAAGAAGACUGUCAAUCCUUUGAUUGAGAAAAGACCAAGAAACUUUGGCAUUGGUGGUGAUAUCCAACCCAAGAGGGAUCUCAGUAGGUUCGUCCGCUGGCCCAGAUAUGUGAAGCUCCAACGUCAAAAGUCGCUGCUCUACCAGCGUCUGAAGGUUCCCCCAGCAAUUAACCAGUUCACCCAAGCUCUCGACCGACAGUCAACUGUCCAGCUCUUCAAGCUUCUUCACAAAUACCGCCCAGAGACCAAGGCCGAGAAGAAAGCCAGGCUUUCUGCGAAAGCCGAAAAGAAGGCUGAGGGCAAGGAGGAGGCACCCGGCAAGAAACCCAUGCUUGUGAAGUAUGGUAUUAACCACAUCACAAGUUUGGUAGAGAACAAGAAAGCACAACUGGUGGUCAUUGCCCAUGAUGUUGAUCCUAUUGAGAUUGUUGUCUGGCUUCCAGCCUUGUGCCGCAAGAUGCAAGUUCCCUAUUGCAUUGUGAAGGGAAAGGCCAGACUCGGCAAGGUUGUGCAUAAAAAGAACGCCACAGCACUGUGCAUCACUGGUGUCCGACAGGAGGAUAAAAACUCACUUAACAACCUGAUCGAAUCUGUGAAGACCAACUACAAUGAGCGCUUUGAUGAGAUCAGAAAACACUGGGGUGGUGGUAUCAUGGGACCCAAGUCACUUGCCGCUACUGCCAAGGUUGAGAAAGCCAAGCUGAGAGAACUGAAAGUGUAACAUCACUGAGGAAUAAAUAAAAUGAGAGCUUGA